UACACUGAAGAGGCUGGCCCGUCACCAGUCAGCCAGGCAGUCACCAGGCAAUCGCCAAGCAGCCACGCAGUCUCCAAGCAGCCAAGUACUCGCCAGACAGCCAAUCAUUCGUCAAUCAGACACACAAUUACCUGUCAGCCAGGCAGUCACUCACCAAUUAGCCAGGCAGUCCUCAGUCAACCAAGUAGUCAGCAGCCUGGCUGUCAUCAGCCAGGCAGUGAG